UGGUUCCUACCUUAGCGGCUUUGGGGUAGAAAGCGCGGGAACAGCCCCAUCUUUCGGACAACAUAGGCCUCAAACGCAAUUUAAUUAGAUUGAAUUGUUCCAAUCCACACGUUCCUAAAUAUAAACGUAGGUAUUUGUAGUUAAGGGUAUCUAAUUAUUUGUGCUUACAUAAGGCAAACGUUAGUCAUUGUGAAUGGCAAAAAGAUUUCGCAGCCAAGACCAAAGUAUACGUUUUAACGUAAAAUUUGGAGAAGCCUCUUCUGACUUGCUCACAGGAUUUCUUGUUAAUGUCAACAAAAGAAACAAAGAUAAACUUAACAGUUUAGCAAAAUGUAGCGGAAGCUUCCGAGAUAAAAGACUGAUGGAGUACAUCUUCCUGAUGACUAAAGAACUGAGACUUGAGCCACUGGCUGGAUACCAUGCCAUUGAAUUACUUCAGAGGUUCAUGGUCAGGCACCUUACGCAUUUGCUCACCACACCCACAACCCAAGGUGUGGCUGCUGCUCAGCCAAGAAGUUAUGAGGAUGUGAUUUUUGACAAAAUCAAGGAGAAAUUCCCCCUCAUUGUCUUCUCCUGUGUUCAAAUUGCAAGCAAACUGUCUUUGCACAGUCAUGUAAUCGACAACAAUACUGCUGUGCGCUUUCUGCGUUCAGUUGGCCAUAGUGUUUCCAAGCAGACUCUCUUGGAAUCAGAGCUGAUGAUCUUGAAAGGACUUGAAUUCAGACUGAACGUCCCAAAUCCUUUGACAUAUGUGGAAAUACUUCUGGAGGUGCUUGGACACAACGAGUCAUCCAUCCCUGUGGAGUGCCUGUAUGAUCUGUGCCACCAUGUUCUCCAGUUUGUGAGCCUACAGAGGACUUCCAUCUAUGACACCUUGUUAAACGUGACCACUCAGUGUGUCAGUCCAUCCAGUGAACAGAGAGAGAAGUUUGUGACAGUGAUUGAAGACUGCAUGCUUCUUGGUGUUGGUGUCAUCGCUGUGGCUACAUUUAUCCACUGUGUCAGAAAAUGGGAACAGGUUGUGGCUGAACUGAGCCACAUCACAGGGAUCUCAACAAGGAGUAUUAGUGAUUUUGCUCAUGUGACACUGAUGCAUAUUGUUAGAAGAAGUUCCUCUUUAACAUCACUUUGAGUCUAAAUAUCACUCACCCACUGAACACGGCUUUAUUCUCGCAUGUUUAUGGCAGAGAUAUAGAUGCAGAACAUGAGGUAUGUGCCUAAGUAAAGUAUUUGGCAUAGGAAAAGUGGACUUUAUUGUAAUGAAAUAUUUCCAGAAAGGAAAAAAAACCCACUGUAGAGUGAUUGCAGUUUUAGUAGAGUCUGUUUCUAUGAAUAUUUUACACUAAAUUAAUACUGAUUUUGCAAUUGUGAAAAAAUGCUUAAAAUGUUGACCAGUCAGUAUAAUUGAUCUGUUAGAGCCUUAUUUUAGCGGAUAAUUUCAGGUUUAGCUUGGUGAAGAAACUUUCCUUGGAAAGGUGAUUAAAUGUCUCCUUAUAUAUGUGUCCUCUGAGGAGGCAUCCUCCUCCUCUUUAGAUAUACUGGGCAGCAUAUUAAAUGUGGGAAGGUGUGGAACAGUGGUGGCACCUCCCAGGAAGUCAUCCACUGGAGGGACACUCAGAGUCUAACAUUUCCUCAUUGUUUGUUUUGUUGAAAAGGUGCUUCAUGUUGCUCUUGCUCUUCAGGAUGUCUUGUCUUUGUGUUUGUUUGCUUGCUCCCCUACGGGUGUAUCAGUUUAACACACUGUUUAACUAACUUACUUCUGCUACUGUAUGUUUUAUGAGAGCAAUUUUUGCUAUUGUUUAAAUUUUUUUUUUUUUAGUAUGUCUUUUUACUU